AUGUGGACAACCUGGUACAAAGCCCGUCGAAACCCCGAGACCAUGCCUGCAGGCACUGAAUACCCUGCGCUUGUCGCUACCGGUAGUACCGUCUUCUACACACAUUCGACGAAUCUAUCGUCCGAAGGUGAAAGCGACUUACGUAUCACAUCGCUUACGUUUCCCCAACUGCAUCUCCGCCUUCCUAACACGAACGACGCUUCUGCACUCCUACGACUCUUCACCGACUAUCGCAAUGUCCAGCACGACAAGUCGUGUGCCGGUCUUGACAGUAGUGACGCCAUUGAGCAUUUGAUAAGGCAAUGGCAGGUCGUCGAUUUACCACUGCAGCGUGCCAACAUCGUUAUCGAGAUAGAUGGGAAGACUGUCGGUACCGGCGGCUUGGGCUGGAUUGGCAGAAGAAAGACUGAUGGCAAGCUGAUUGGUGACGCAGGCUUGAUGUUGGACACAUGUUAUCGUGGCUCAGGCUACGGCUAUGAGUCGUUGUGUAUGGCCAUUGAUCAUGGCUUUGCUGUCCUGGGCAUGGAUGAGAUACACAUAGCUUGUGUAGAUGCUAAUACUGCGUUCAAGGGAUUGAUGAACAAGAAGCUCGGAUUUCCGGCUGACGCAAUAGAAGAUAAGUUGUUUGGGAAUGAGUGGAUCUGGCGCAUCACGAAGGAGGCAUGGGAAGAUAGUACGCACUCUGCACAAGGACGGGUUCGAGGCCAAGGAUAA